AUGACUCACGUUAUACACGUUUGUCACGAAGGGCGAACGAUAGAAUUCCUAGCCGAGGAGAGAUCGGACGAGUUUCGGACAAUAGCCGAAUAUUUAAGUACAGGCGACAUCCUCGCCAAGUGCGACCAGAACAUCCAAGUUAGCGGCAGAGCAGACGGCGAGGUCGCAGCGUUCGCGGAGAAGCAAAUCCUCAACAAGCGAGCACAUCGCGGGACGAUCGAGCCAUAUCAGCCGAAGAGUCGAGCGUGGAAUCUUGAGCAUCGACCACGUCAAUACAAAUCGCAAAUAACGAAUCUCACGAAUCUCCUUGACAAGGGUGCGGUAGAUAACGCGGCAUUGAAACUACGAAUCGCUCGUUUAACCGAUGUAUAUCACUCGUUCGAAGAUCAGAAUCUCGAGCUCGAGGUAUUGGAUCCGAACGAUAACCAUCAAGAAGAAUUUUUAUGUUUACAAACCCGCUUUUUCGAUCUCGCGGGCAGAAUCGAGAGCAUCUUGAACGUCGGGAACGCGUCGGAUCCCAGCACGUCGAGUAACGCAUCACAGAGCGACGCCGCGGAUUCCGUAACCGCCGUGAAAAAACGGCGGAUCAAAUUACCUGAGGCUCCGCUGCCUACUUUCGACGGCAGAUUUGAAAGUUGGCUAUCAUUCAAAAAUGCUUUUCGUAGUAUGAUCGGCGAUCAGAACGAUCUAACAGACAUCGAUAAAUUACAUUAUUUAAGAUCGGCAUUAAAGGGAGAAGCCGCGAAUAAAAUAAAAAUCCUCGAAAUAGACGGAAUAAGUUACGCGAAGGCAUGGGAACUAUUAGAGCGCUCUUAUGAAGUUAAGCGAAUUUUGGUCCAUCGGCACAUUUCGUGCAUCGUAAAUUUACCCGCAUUAGAUAAAGAGAGCACAGCCGGCUUAACUAAAUUGGCCGAUGACACGCAACAACAUCUCGCUUCGCUAGCCGCGUUAGGAGCGUCGGUCGGAACCGACAUGAUCGUUUACCACCUUGAGAGCUUGCCGGUGACGGCACAUUCUUUAUCCAUCGGCGCAUUGGAUGGCUUGAAUACGGAAUCAAAGGGCCUCGUGCAUGUGACUAUACGAUCAACACAAAACAAUUUUUCCAAAAAAUUAACAUGCUUAACGAUUCCAACUAUCGUGGAUUUAAUUCCCUCGGAGGUCUUUCCGCGAGACUCAAUAAAAAUUCCUCCAAAUAUCAAGUUAGCAGAUCCUGAUUUUCAUCUACCGCGACCAAUCGAUUUGUUAAUUGCUUCGGGCGCGACCUUGUCUCUAUUUUCCGUCGGUCGAAUUAAUCUGUCACCCGAAGGGGACGAUUUAUAUUUGCAAAAGACGCGUCUCGGAUGGGUAGCCGCCGGAGGUGCGUCGUUGCAACCUCCGUCGAAGUCUGCAUGCUACUUAACAACGUUGGAAACCCAAUUAACAAAAUUUUGGACAAUCGAGGAAGUCGCGGAGGAUAAAUUGAAAUCUGAUGAGGAAAUCGAGUGCGAAGCACAUUUUGUAAAGACUGUUUCUCGCGAUAAUACAGGACGGUACACAGUUAGUUUACCGUUUCGCAGGACAAAUCAACGUAUUGGCGAAUCGCGGACAAUGGCACUUAAUCGUUUAGCGUCAUUGGAGCGCAAAUUCAACGCGAACUCAGCAUUCCGAGAGGAGUACACGCGGGUAAUUGAGGAACACGUGAAGUCAGGGCAUAUUUCAUUAACAAAAGAGUUCAGCGAUGACGGAUACUAUAUGCCUCACCAUGCCGUAAUUAAAAAUACCAGCAACACUACUAAAUUACGAGUAGUGUUUGACGCGUCGGCGAAGUCGAGGAACGGCGUGUCGUUAAAUGACGUAUUGCUGGUCGGACCAACAAUACAAGAUAAAUUAUUUUCGCAUUUGAUUCGAUUCCGUACAUACAAAUACGUCAUUACCGCGGACAUCGAAAAGAUGUACCUGCAAGUAUUGUUACAAGAUAAUGAUCGGCGUUAUCAACGGUUUCUUUGGCGCAAAAACGAUAACGUGGAAACGUAUCAAAUUAAUAAAUUGGCAUUUGGUGUAUCGUCUUCGCCAUUUCUCGCUAUUCGUGUCCUUCAAAAACUCGCUGACGAUGAAGCGCACGCAUUUCCCAUCGCCGCCCGAGUGAUCAAGUCUCAUCUAUACGUGGAUGAUUUGUUAUCCGGAGCCGACAGCAUCGAAGAAGCGCGGGCGAUCAGAGACGAGAUAAUCGCAUUGUUAGCGCGAGGCGGGUUCUCUAUUCGGCAAUGGGCGGCGAACGAUGAGCGCAUCGUCAAUGAUUUGGCAACGAGUGUAUUACACGCGAAAUUCACGUUCAAUGAGGAUAGAUCUUUCAAAACACUAGGCAUCACGUGGAGUACGGACGGCGACGAAUUGCGUUAUUCGAUAAAUCCGAUCAAAAUCACAGAAAGAAUUACUAAACGGAACAUAUUAUCGGAAAUCGCGAAAAUAUACGAUCCGCUGGGGUUACUGGGUCCCGUGAUAUUGUAUGCGAAGAAAAUGAUGCAAGAUGUAUGGCGGUGCGGAUUGCAUUGGGACGAAUCCGUUCCCCAGAACGUACACACUGAUUGGACGGAAUUUGCGAGACAAUUAGAAGAGUUAAAUGAGGUUUCGUUUGACCGCAAAUUAUUCGGAGAUGAUUACGAUGAAGUACAGAUACACGGAUUUUGCGACGCAAGUAACGUCGGUUACGGGGCAUGUGUGUAUGCACGGACGCGCGGAAAAAAUAAAAAUGUAACCGCUAGAUUGUUAUGCGCCAAAUCUCGAGUCGCGCCGUUGAAAACGAUUACGAUACCACGGCUCGAACUAUGCGGCGCAUUGUUAUUAGCGCGACUGUAUCGUGAAGUAAGCAAAGCAUUAAACAUUGUUCCUGUUAAAACAAUUUGCUGGUGCGAUUCAACUAUUGCAUUGCACUGGAUAAGAACACAGCCUCAUCUCCUCAAAACGUACGUAGCUAACCGAGUCGCCGAAAUACAGGAACUCGUCGGGUCACACAUGUGGCGGCACGUUCGAUCCGAAGACAAUCCCGCGGAUGCGAUCUCGAGAGGCCAAUUACCGCGAGCGUUUACACAGAAUGAAAUGUGGUCGUCCGGGCCUUCGUGGUUAGUCGAGGAGGAAGAGAAAUGGCCAAGACAAGAUCCCCAAAAAAUCGAAAUACCAGAACUAAAAAAGAAUGUUUGUUUAAUAGCCGAGAUACGUGACUUCGACUUAAUUAAUAAGUAUUCCUCCUAUUACAGAUUGCGUAAAAUUGUGGCGUAUUGCCGUCGUUUUCGGACUCGUAAGGAACAUUCCGGUCCACUACACGCGAAAGAAUUAGACGAAGCAGAAAUUCGAGUGUUAAAAUUGUUACAGGGUAGUCGUUUUACCGACGAGAUCGCUAAGUUAAAAAAUAACAAGUUGAGUCAUACGAAUAAAAUCGCCAAUUUAAACCCGUUUCUCGACGAAAAUGGGGUAAUCAGAGUCGGAGGACGGCUUCAGGCUUCGAAUAGACCAUUCGCGCAAAAACAUCAGAUUUUGCUUCCUAGCCGACAUAGUUUAACGGAUAGCAUCAUUCGCGAAACACAUGAAAAAUAUCAUCAUCCCGGGAUAGUAACGACCUUACAUCUCGUUCGUCAAAAAUUCUGGUUGCUCGAUGGCAGGAACCAAGUACGAAAAAUCAUACGCUCCUGCGUUCGAUGCUUUCGAUUCAAUGCCCAAGUAGUCGAACACAAAAUGGGAAAUCUCCCAAUCACACGCGUACAGGAAGCAAUACCGUUCACCAACACUGGUAUCGAUUUCUGUGGGCCAUUUUAUAUUAAGGAACGAAAAUUCAGAAACCGAACGCGAAUCAAAGUUUACAUAUGCAUAUUCGUGUGCAUGUCGGUCAAAGCGGUGCAUCUUGAGCUCGUGAGCGAUUUGUCGUCCGAGGGCUUCAUUGCAGCGCUGCGACGAUUUGUUGCAAGGCGCGGGAUGCCAGCGCACAUUCACUCCGACAACGGUAGCAAUUUCGUGGGCGCGAACAACCAACUAAAGGAACUGUAUGCAUUGUUUAAUUCUGAACAACACCAGACUGUGCUAAGUCAGUUCAUAAGCGAUCAUAAAAUUACUUGGCAUUUUAUACCUCCCGCCGCUCCACAUUUCGGUGGAAUUUGGGAGUCAAUGGUCAAACUUUUUAAGCACCACUUUAAACGAGUUGUAGGAGAUUCGUUAUUUACAUUUGAACAGUUAAAUACAUUUAUUACUGAAGUCGAAGGCAUUCUUAAUUCGCGGCCGAUCACAUCUUUGUCCUCCGAUCCGAAUGACUUGCUUGUGCUGACUCCCGCUCAUUACUUAAUCGGCAAACCAUUAACCACCCUUCCGGAGGGCGAUUUAUCAUGUGUUCCAGCGAAUCGGUUAUCCGUAUGGCAACACAUUUCGAAAGUCCGACAGGACUUUUGGGCUCGAUGGAAUUUGGAGUACUUAAAUGAGCUCCAAAUACGCAACAAAUGGACGAAGGACGGACCGAAGCUCGAAACGGGGACUAUUGUCUGCAUCAAGGACAAAAAUCUGCCCUGUAAUCAGUGGACACUGGGUAGGAUCGUGGAAACACAUCCGGGUGCAGACGGAAUAGUACGAGCCGCCACCAUAAAGACGGCCACCGGCGUCAUCAAGCGAGCGGCAAAGGCCUUAUGCCCACUCCCUAUCGAGCGAUAA